AAUCAUUCAAUCGCAAAUCUCUCUCUGAAAUCCCAACUCAACAAUGUCAAGAAUGAAAAUCGAUCGCAAGCCUCCUCUGGCCAAGUCCCCCAUUGGGCUCCGGCAGCCCAGUCGGGCCCUCCGAUCAGGCUCAACCUCGCUCCAAACCCCACCAGGGUCGCUGACGAAAUCCCAGAAACCGAGCCGGAUGUGGGACACGGAGGAGCCGGAGCUCCGGCCGGAAUACCGGUCCAUUUCCUGCGAACUGAGGGCGCUGGCUAAGAUGGUGGGCAAGGAAUUCGGGGAUGAAGAUUGCGAAAAGGGCGGCGGGGUUCGUAGAUCAGUGAGUGCUAAUUCAAGCCCUUUGUUUGAGAGGGGCAAGUUCUAUGAGGAGUAUUCUGCAAGGAGAAAUGAGAGGCUGAGGAAGAAGUACGGGGGAACAGGGGAGGAGUUUAAGUCUGCGUUUAAGCAGAAGCUGGGGGUUGCGGUGGAGUCUGCGAAGCGAGGCAGUGGGACUAGGAAGAUUGAGAGCAUGAGGAAAUCUGUGUCUGCUGCCUACUCGGUGGAGACGACAAGCGAGGCGCCGAGGUAUAUGCUGAGGAGUAUGAGCAAGGAGAACAAGAAGCCUCCACUGGCUCAGCCUCCUGUUAUGUAUUCUGCUCAGAAGUCGGCGAUUGGUGGGGGAAGGAAGACAGGAUCUCGAAGAGUUGGGUAUUAGGGGUUAUGGUGUUUGUGUGUUUGGCCUUUUGGGUAUAUGGCUUGCCUUUGAUUCUGUGUUUCUGAAACUCUGGGAUUGGAGUUGGGGAUGAACUAGUGGGAUUAUAUAUGCAUAUGGCUUGCUUUUGUUUAUGGAACUCUAUGUUAUUCGAUCAGAUGUUAUUGUCUGAAUAACAUUUUAGCAGUUCUAGUUAUUGUUCAGAAGAAUAAUAGCUGGACCAAAUUUGA